AUGGAAGACCAGUUCAUUAUUCGUCCCCCCGAGAGUAUCAAAGAUAAGCUCAAUGAAGAUGUUAAGAAAGGAGCCGUUCAUAAAAUAACAAUUAAGAUGAUUUCCAGUAAAGAAGGUAUUUUAACCUAUGAAGGUAAGACAUACACCGGAUACUUAGUAGAUCUACCUUGUAUUGUUGAAUCUCAUAAGACUUUAGAUAACAAACAGUUUAUUAAGAUAGCUGACAUAUCAAAGAUCUUUGUUUUCUCAGAUGAUUCAGCCAAUGCCCAAAAGAUAGCAGAAGAAGCUUCUCUAUCAGGUCUUACUCCUCCUAUGAAGUACGUUCGUAACCGCCGCUUCCGACAACGUCUUACUAAAGCUCCUAUCAUUGAAGAGAUAGAGAAGGCCGUUGCUCGUCUCUUAGAGAUGGAUAAAGAAGCCUUAAGAGUAGAUGUACAGGUAAUGAAUAAGGAUGAAGGUGAUGAAUCAGAAGAAGAUGUUUCAUCUUUAGCAGCCGAGAUAGAACUUAAUCUAAUGGAGAGUGAAAAGAUAACCAGAACUAUAGAACCACUAACUACUGAACAAGAUAACGAAGAGCUAUCUAAGAAAGAAGAAGAACUUAAAGAUCUACUGAUUAAAUUACAAGAGAAGAAAGAGCAACUAGAAACAAUUACUAAUCCAAUUCUAAGGAAGAGAUUCCAAGAAGGAGUUGAUCUCUUAGAACAAGAGAAGAAUGAAAAGGAAAAGGAGAUAGCUGCUAUCUUAAAUCAAAAAUAA